CAAUACUGUGGUCUUGGGAUAAAUAAUUACACCCCUGGCACCUGCUUCUAGCACUUUCGACCCCACAAAUAUGUCAAAUCUGCCUUUCGUAUUGGUUAUCUACCCCAUUUGAGGCUGACACCAAAACCCCCAGGGGUGCGAUUAUUUACCCAAAGACCACAGUAUGUCCUCGCCAAACCCCCAAGACCACCCCUUUUCACCAUUCCCACGAGCUCCAAGUGUGAAGGGCGGAUCACAACGGAUGCUGAUGGUGUUUCACUCCGAGCCAUGCACAUUGACCCAUCCCCACAACUCGGCCGUGCUCUAUGACGAUAUGGCUGCCACGCUUGACGGGCCAUUUGCUCCACUUAUGGCUCCUGCUAUUAUCGAUUGUGGUACUGGUGGAGGGUUAUUGGGCGUCCAGUGGAAUUCUAGCGACGCAAGGUACAACGAUAUUGGGCGAAGGGAUACCACUGACCAGCCUGGGGAAUCAUGCCCAGGGUGGCCAAUAGAAUGGCUGGAAACUGGAGUCGGAUCGAGACUUAGUGGGGAGAGGGGUAGCCACUUGGCAAGUGGUGCAUGGUGUAAACGCAACCUUACUCAUGUUAUCACAUGGGAUGAUUUCUUUCAAUAAUCGGAGCCUGAUCUGGUGGUAUUUCUUCCACUCCUAGGGCCCCUCCUGCCACCGCCAUACACCGUUCACAUACGGAGACCAUAUGCUAGUCUCAAGCUUUGACCAUUACUAU